GUGAGAGUGAAACAAAGAGAACCAAAGGGAAAAUUAACGGGUGGAAAAAAGAAGAAUAUAUGGCGUAGUAGCAAGACCAGUUAUAUUUUUAUUAUCAACUAGUAUAUUUCGUGAAGCUGUUUGGACGAAUGUGUUUGACGUCAAAGAGGAAACGGAAAGAAAUGCGAGAAAAUGUUGGGUAAAAGUGAAACUCGGUGAUCCAAACUCAAACUGGAGAAAUUAUAUAGUGUGAAGGGAAGAAAAUUUGGUAGAUUAUUCACGUUGUCUGUGGGAAGGUCACGAUCAUCAGUAACCACUGCGUUGGUAGAUGGUUAAUUGAAAGUGGGGAACUUCUAAGAAGCUUGAUCAUACAGGUCAACACGUACACGCAAUACGAAAGAAAAAGGAGAACACGUACGACAAGAUAGUUCGUUCGUAUACUACAUUUGUUUGAAAAAACCUACGAAUGGAGCACGGAUUGAAAUAUGAGUAGUACGGUGACAACGGAACCAUCUACAUCUCUUGGCGAUAUGAUGUCUACAACUGCAAUUCCUGAGAAAGCAGCUCCAAUAUUCUUACAAACACGAGCAGCUCAAGGUAUUGCUGGUGCAUUUGUUUGGGUUGCAUUAUUCAUAACUUGUCAACAGAUCUACCAGCAUUUAAGGUGGUAUACUAAUCCAACAGAACAAAGAUGGAUAGUGAGAAUUCUGUUUAUAGUUCCAAUUUAUGCAACAUAUUCUUGGGUGUCUCUACUAUUUUUCAACAGUGAAAGUUAUUAUGUUUACUUUUUUACUGUACGGGACUGUUAUGAAGCAUUUGUUAUAUAUAACUUCUUGUCUCUAUGCUACGAGUACCUGGGUGGUGAAGGAAAUAUUAUGUCUGAAAUACGUGGCAAACCUAUUCGUUCUAAUUGUUUAUAUGGAACAUGCUGUUUGGUUGGAAAAACAUAUACAAUUGGUUUUCUUAGAUUUUGCAAACAAGCUACUUUGCAAUUUUGCUUGGUAAAACCAGUAAUGGCAUUUGUCAUUAUAUUCCUUCAAGCAUUUGGUCAUUAUAGAGAUGGAGAUUGGUCCCCAGAUGGAGGCUAUAUUUAUAUAACUAUAAUUUAUAAUAUCAGUGUAUCUCUCGCACUUUAUGGACUUUUUCUCUUUUAUUUUGCUACAAGAGACCUGUUAACACCAUUUGAACCUGUCUUAAAAUUUUGUACUGUUAAAAGUGUUAUCUUCCUCUCAUUUUGGCAAGGGGUAUUAUUGGCUAUUCUUGAAAAAGCAAAUGUAAUUUCUCCUAUAAGUUUAGAUCAAUCAACUAGUGCUGGCACAGUUUCUGCUGGUUAUCAAAACUUUUUGAUUUGCAUUGAAAUGUUAUUUGCUGCUAUAGCUUUACGUUAUGCGUUUCCAUAUCAAGUGUAUUCAGCUGGUUGUGUUACGGAUUCAAGAGGAAGAAGUGUAACGAUGCAAAGUAUCAGUAGCAGUUUAAAAGAAACCAUGAAUCCAAAAGAUAUAAUGACUGAUGCCAUCCACAACUUCCAUCCACAGUAUCAACAAUACACGCAAUAUAGUUCUGGAGCUCCUAAAGGACAACGUGGUAUGCGGAUAUCCAGCUUCGAUCCAGAUGAUCCACAGAAUAUGCCAAUACCACCGCCUCAAAGACGGCAUACUUCUCAUCAACGUGUUGCUACAAUCUCUCAAAAUUAUAAUGAGAAAACAAUGCUAUUGAGCAGUGAUGAUGAGUUCCAGUAGAUAUAAACAAUAGAUUGUGUACAAAAUAAAACAAAAGAGAAAGAGACAAAAAGGAACAUUAAUGUUGGACUUCCGUGAAUCUAAUUUCAAGAAAACGCUAUGUAUACCGUUAAUUGAUUAUACGUCAUUAGGUAGGAACUUAACUCGCUCACAGAACAAACAACAAAUAAACAAACAAAUUCGGUGAUGCAAAAUUCUGCAUCACAAUAUAAUAGUUCCAUGUUACAUUCAUGUUAAUACAUGUAUUAUGUUACAUCAUGUAAACAUAGCAUAGAAGAUAUUUAUUUUAAUAUGCUGAACAUGUUUAAAGCAGUGUUACCUAUAGAGGUGGCUCUAUUAUCAUAACAUAAUCAUCUUUAUUUUAAAACACAACUUACGUUUUUCAGAGAAAAGCAUUGUACAGUACUUAAUAUUUAAAUACUCACAAAUA